UAAUGUUCAUAAACAUUGUUGUUUUUCGCUAAGUUACAUAUGUACACAUAGUCGUGUUCCAUAAUUACAAUAUGUCUGCAUGGAAAACUGUUUGUAUAAUUGUCUUCAUAUUUGUUGUUGUGACAGAGGCUAAAGUUAAACGACCGAAGUCUUGUGAUGAUGUAGCUAUAAUAGGAGCUGGUAUUGCUGGAACAUACGCUGGAUGGAGAUUAAGAAAACUAAAUAAGCGAAUUACUGUGUACGAAUACUCAAACAGAGUAGGAGGAAGAUGUUACACGAUGAGAUUUCCAGAUAUUCCGGACAUUAAUGUUGAGCUCGGUGCUAUGCGAUUCACUGCUACCUCACAUAAGCUACUGUAUGAUACCAUACGAGAGCUAGGACUUCCGGUACAAAAAUUCGUUUUAGGUGGUGGAGCAUCAGAAGAUACUACUGUACACGUACGUGGAGUCCAUCUACGGUACAAAGAUUUAGGGGGUACUGGUACUCCUUACAAUCUAUAUCCAAACGAACGGAAACCAGUUAGUCAACUUAAAUGGGAAAUGUUUAGGAAUUAUACCAACGUACUGACGACCCCUGUCCCUGAAGAUGCUAAACCAUUUCAAAUUAAAGAUGUUGAUGGACUAGAAAUGUACAAGCAAAGUAUCAAUUCGUUGUAUCAUAAAUUCCUUAGUUCAGAAGCACAGAAUUAUAUCAGAGACACAGCUUCUUUCUUAGAUUUAGGUGUAAGUGCAUCGGCAGAGGUUAUGACAUCUCCUCCGUCUCAAGAAGAGGAUGAAGUUUCAACAGUGACAACAGGAUUUGGUUCUAUACCUGAAAAGCUACUUGAAACGUUCCUUCGGGCGAGUCGAAGGCACAAUAUCAAGCUAAAUCACCAUUUGAAAGCAAUAAAGAAAGUGGGAAAUGGUUAUUACAAUUUGUACUUUGAACCCACGAUUACCAAAAAUGGACGAACUAGCAUUAUAAAGAAAAAGUCUUUAAGAAAGAAGUGUGCAAAAAAGGUUAUCCUUGCAGUCAAUAGAUUAUCACUUGAAAAGCUUAACUGGAAGGGUUUGUAUCAACCUCAUAUCAGAGAAUACAUAACUAAAGCAGUAAAAGAUGUCAGCGCUGGAAAAUUCUUUCUCGCUUACAAUUUUCCUUGGUGGAGGAGAUCCCCGGUUUACUCAGAUUAUGCUAUAUCAGAUACCCCAUUAAAGCAAACUUACGAUUUCGGAACAUCAAAAGCUAAUCCUACAAAGUCCAUACUACUACCCAUGUACAAUGAUGGUGAUAUACCGUACUGGAACGAACUAAUUGAAAGGGAACAUGGUAAUAUAAAUAACAGUGAUGCUGUCUUUUCCGUUGGAAAAGAAAUAGUCAAAGUUGCAGAGAGAUAUUUGUCUGCAAUAUAUCGACUGCCACUCACAGACAUACCACCUCCAAUAAAUGGAAUUAUAAGUUAUUGGCAGAAUUAUCCGUAUGGUGGAGCGUGGCAACUAUGGAUGCCAGGUUAUAUAUGGCCAGAUGUUGAAAGACAGAUGACAAAGCCGUCGAAAAAGGAUGAUGUAUUUGUUGCUGUAAAUGCAUUCAGUUCUCGUUCAUUGUCAUAUGACUCAAACUCAGCAUUGCAAGUAGUGGAGCUCGUUAUGCCAUAUUUUGGUUUAAAAAGUAAAGAGUAAAACUUUGUGGGCUGUAACUUUAUUUCUAAAGUCCAUGUGUGCCCUUUCCAUUUCCCCCUUUGCAUUUCAAAAAAUAAAACCUGUCUAAUAUGGAUGUGUCUUGACCAGUCCAUAUUCACAAGAUAUUUGUUUUGUAUUCAUGUUAGCAUUUUGACAAAUGUAGGUUGAAGAGUUUUUAUCCAGAAAAUAUCAUAUAUGCUCUAAUAAGUUUAAAUUUUUGUUUAUAAUUUUUGCAACUUUAUUUGUGAACAUUUUCUAAUUGUUGUUCUUAAAUACCUUUUUAUUUAUGUGCAUGAAUAUUUAUGUAUCGAUAUACUAUAUUGUAAUUAGAUAAUUAUUCAAGCA